AUGGCGAAUAAUUUUAAUCAAGUUGGACCAGUUCCUGGAACGGCGAUCCGAGUUCCGACAAAUGUUUAUCCGGGUUUUCCAAACGGUCAAAGAGUAAUAAUGAGACCUGCGCAUUUGACUAUGCAACCAAACGGUGUACACAUCAAUGGUGCUUAUAUGCAAGGCAUACCCUUUGCGAAUAAUCCAAUAAAUCUUAUUCCUAGAAGAAUUCCAAAUCAACCAAAUCUACUCAAAGCAGUUCCAAGAGAAACUUUUUUUAUGAGGCUUUUGAGUUUUGCAGAACAUUUUGCAGAACAUUUAGGGGAUAAUAUUCUUCACUUGAAAGAUUUGACCAGUCGUUUCUUUGCUGACGAUACUUCGAUGAAGUACACACUUUGGUCACCACACAGUCAAAAGGAAUUUGAAAUAAAGUACCAAGUUAUACCUAGGUUUUAUCAAACCUUCUUUGAAUCUGGAGUAAUGAGGAUCCAACUCGUAUUGGGACAUCCGCAUCCGCGUCCUUCGCAAUACGCACAAGUGGAAUGCCCAUCUGCUUCAAUAGUAUACUAUUAUGGAAAUGGAAUACAGGUUGUUGCACCUGGGCGUUUGACCGUCCUUUUCAAUCCCCAAUUAAAAAUGACACAUUUCGAAUUUGUAACAACGAGAUUCACAGAAUUUUUACCAAAGCAACGACUCCACGAAUUUAUACAAAGCCCUUUAAAUGAAUAUGGAAUCCCUCAUAAAACAAUGCGAUGCUUGGAGGUUGGGGAAGGCGUUGAAUAUAUGCAAGAGGUUAUGAUGCAUACCAUAAACAAUCGAAAUAUGGGACCUUUACAGGCAUUAAGUAUAAUUGCAUCCCAAAACACGAAUAAUAUUAACGUGGCAGCACAAGCAGUAGCGAACAGUGUAACAACUACUCCAAAUAUCCAGCAUUCACCACUUGUUAAGAAGGAAAUGAAAGCUGAUGCUCCAAAUUAUAAUGGUGUCCCACCUACUCUCAAUUCUAAUGACUUGAGAACAGCUCCUACGACGCCGCUAACACCAAAACAAACACCGCAGCAAACACCAACUUUAGCACCAUCAGCUUUAUCAAAUGCAAAUGAUAUCGGAUCACCGCAUCAAAAAAAAAGUUCUACACAAUCCCCUGCUAUUAGUGGCAAGUAA